AUGCCCAUUAUUUGGGGAGAACUAGGACACAAAGGCUGCCCGGGCUCGGGCCUCGUCCCUCACGACUGGCGCGUCUGCUGGGGCCUGGGCCCUCAAACCGAGCCCGACCCCCUCGGCCCCGGCCACGCCCGGCCCUUCGGCCGCCGCGCCCCCAGGCCCCCCAAGGUCCUCACAGGCCCGAGGACACGCGAGGGCCUCCUGUCUCACCUCGAGUUUUACGGGGACCGACGGCGGUGCCCGCGCCUCCACCCGCCCGCACACCUGGCCCCGCGCUGCAGUGGAGACAGCGGCAGAGGCGGCACGACCGUCACGUGCCGCAGAACCAAGAGGCCUCGGCUACCGCGGCUGCCGCGCGAGCUAGCCCCACCGCGCGAAGCCCGGCCCUGCGUCCGCCCCUCGCUCCUGAGUAGCCAGGGCCGGCGCCAAGUCCCGCCCCCCCGCGGGGCAAAUGGCAGCCGGCAGAAGGGGUGGGAGAUCCACUGGGCCAUGGGGAAGGGCCAGUUCCCGGAGGCGGCCUGUGAGGGGCCGGGAUGGAACCUGGCGCGGGCUCCCCGGCCCGGCCUGGAGUUGACUGCACAGCGCUGUCUGAGUGGUUCAGAGAUCGGGCCAGGCCUGGGACAGCAGCUCAGCACCUCCAACACGUCCCCCAGCAGUGCCCCUGGCUUGCCUUCAUCAUUCUGGACACCAGAGCUCCAGAGGCAAGGGCCCAGCCCGGGUCGCCCGCGUCCUGUAGGCUCAGCACCGGGCACCCGCGCGCCCGACAAGGCCCACUCGGCCCUCGCCCUGGAGGUCUUCAGGUGCCCGGCCUUGGGCCACGCCGGCCGCCUGUGGGAGCAGGUGCGGCAGUUCUGGACCGACCACUUCUCGAGGCGCUUCUCGCCGCGGCGCCCGCCGCUGCGCCGCAUCUCCUCCAUGUCCACCUUCUACCUGCUGGACCACCGGACGCGCCAGGCGGAGCUGGGCCUCAGCUACGGCGCGCCGCGCACGCGCCUGAGCGACCAGGCCUUCGUGUUCCGCGGCGGCCAGUGGAGCGUCGAGGGUCUGCCGGUGAGGUCGCGGCCGCCGCCGUCCUCGCCAACCAUGUCGGGCUGGAAGCCGCCGGUGCAGCGGGUCAAGAGCCAGGUGCUGCUGGAGGAGAACAACUACCUGAAGCUGCAGCUGGAACUGCUCAUGGACAUGCUGACUGAGACCACGGCGCGCAUGCACCUGCUGGAGAAGAAGCUCGACACCCAGGCCAGCUCGGCGGCUGCGGCGCGCCCCUGGCAGAGGAAGAGGAGCAAACGCGAGGGCGCGGGCGGCGUGCUCAUGAUCGAGCCGCGCGCUCUGGAGUCGCGGUGACGCAAUAAAGCCCGUACGGCUCACG